GUUAGCUGGACACUGGAUCCACGUUCUGUUGGAUUUUUGUGAUAAAAGGUGAAUCGUUGCUGUUGUGAGGACACACUGUGCACGAAGACAAGGUCACAUUCCACUGAAAGAAGUGGGACCACUGGACAGACAUGAUGUCCAUGCAGAUGGCUGAGGCAGACAGUGUGAUGAAGGUGGCAGAAUGGCAGCAGACCUACUACGCCUCAGACUCUGGUAUCCAGUCGGGAGCCACCACUCUGUGUGAUGACGAGAGGAGCACAGAGUACAGUGGCACCAAGAAGUACUCUGGUACUAUUUCAACUAGUUCUGUCAAUGCUGCUGCUGCUGGACGGGGGGACGUAAGGACCGGUGGACUCGAGAGCCCAACAGAUUUGGACUCUCAGUACUCGCUGACGCGUGCUCAGCGUGUUCGGGUUGCCAUGUUCCCAGAGACCCUGGUGGAGGGGGAGGCAGCCUUGCCCAUACAGUCCGAUCCUUCACAGCAGAGUAAUGUUCAGAGACUGGCCGAGCCGUCCCAGCUUCUGAAGACAGCCAUCGUUCACCUUAUAAACUACCAGGAUGAUGCUGAGCUCGCCACUAGGGCGGUGCCAGAGCUCACCAAGCUGCUGGCAGAUGUUGACCCGGUUGUGAUAAACAAGGCAGCCAUGAUAGUCAACCAGCUGACCCGUAAGGAGGCCAGUCGGCGGGUGCUGGUGCAGUCUCCAGCCAUCGUGGGCGCUGUGGUGCGUGCCAUGACAGCCGCAGUCGACACUGAGACUGCUCGAUGUGCGGCCAGCGUGCUGCACAGCCUGUCACACCAGAAGGAGGGGCUACUGGCCAUAUUCAAGUCUGGAGGGAUCCCGGCAUUGGUCCACAUGCUGAGUUCCCCGGUGGAGUCCAUCUUAUUUUAUGCCAUCACCACAAUCCACAACUUGCUGCUGCACCAAGAAGGGGCCAAGAUGGCAGUGCGUCUUGCUGACGGUCUGCAAAGGAUGGUGCCCUUGCUGAAAAAGAGCAACCCCAAAUUCUUGGCUAUAACCACAGACUGUCUUCAGCUCUUGUCCUAUGGCAACCAGGAGAGCAAGCUGAUCAUCCUUGCCAAUGGGGGCUCAGAGGGUCUUGUGUUCAUCAUGAGGAACUAUAACUAUGAGAAGCUGCUGUGGACCACCAGCCGUGUGCUCAAAGUGCUGUCGGUCUGCCCCAGUAACAAGCCGGCUAUAGUUGAGGCUGGUGGUAUGCAGGCACUGGGACAACACCUUACAGGAUCCAGCCAGCGCCUGAUCCAGAACUGUCUCUGGACCCUCCGUAACCUGUCCGAUGCUGCGACCAAACAGGAAGGCUUGGAUGGUUUGCUGCAGAUCUUGGUCACUCAGUUGGGUUCAGAUGACAUCAAUAUGUUGACGUGUGCCACUGGCAUCCUGUCUAACCUCACCUGUAACAACUCGCGCAACAAGACUCUGGUGACACAGUAUGGCGGAGUUGAAGCGCUGAUCCACGCUGUGCUUUGUGCUGGAGAGAAGGAGGACGUUGCCGAGCCGGCUGUCUGUGCCCUGCGUCACCUCACCUCCCGCCACCAGGACGCUGAGCUCGCCCAGAAUGCCGUGCGGCUGCACUACGGUGUUCCAGCUGUGGUCAAGCUGCUGGCACAGCCGCACUAUUGGCCUGUGGUGAAGGCUACGGUAGGUUUGAUCCGAAACCUGGCACUGUGCCCUGCCAAUCAGGCUGCACUGAGGGAGGCAGGAGCUAUUCCACGAUUGGUUAACCUGCUGCUAAAGGCCCAUCAAGACACACAGAGACACGCCUCCUCUGCUCAGCAGACAUACCAGGAUGGUGUUCGUAUGGAGGAGAUAGUCGAGGGCUGCACAGGAGCACUUCACAUUCUGGCCAGAGAUCCCAUUAACAGAGGCGAGAUUGCCAGCAUGCAGACCAUACCAUUAUUUGUACAGCUCCUGUACUCGUACGUGGAGAACGUGAAGAGAGUGUCAGCGGGCGUGUUGUGUGAACUUGCUCUGGACAAACAGUCUGCGGAGCUCAUCGAUGCAGAAGGCGCGUCAGCGCCGCUCAUGGAGCUGCUGCACUCCAACAACGAAGGAAUUGCCACCUACGCUGCAGCAGUGCUCUUCAGGAUCUCAGAGGACAAGAGUUCAGACUACAGGAAGAGAGUGUCAGUGGAACUGACACACUCUCUGUUCAAACACGAUCCUGGUGCCUGGGAAAUGGCUCACACUGCAGUUCCUCUGGAGCCGGCGUACCUCUCUGAUGAGUUGGAUCGUUCUUAUCCUCCUUAUGGCUACGCUGAUUUGCCUCUGGACACGCUGCCACUAGAUGCUGACCUCCAUGAGGCCUACAUCCCUGAUAUGACUUAUGACCCAAGACAGGUCUACCCUGAACCACUUUAACAG